GCUUCCUAGAGAUCCCAGGAAGUGGCCCCGAUUCCCACGUAGGCUUCCUGUGACCCCGCCUCGGCUUUUUUCCUGUCGUGGAGAAUGUCCUGUCUUCCCCGGGACAUCCUUGGGGAUACUUGUGGGGUCCUGGAUGGGUGCAGAGGAGGACGCUGCAGCGGCGCGGGAUGUAGGGAGGAAUCCGUGCAGCUGCGAUCCAGGGUGUUCUGAGCCCCUGGGCACGCAGGGGGAACCACCCGCAGUUUUUCUGGCUAACAGUUAUUUCCCACCUUUCAAGAAUUUUCUGUAGAAAUACAGCUCCCGGCUGGAGUGACACCCCAGGACUGCCAGGAUGGCCAGAGAACCAAAGGAAAGUGCAGCCCUGGACGCCCAGUCCGCAGAGGACCGGGCAGGGAUUCUGACCGUGAAGGUGAAGGAGGAAACCGCCUCCUUGGCUGCUGAAGCCGGUGCAUCCGACAGCCCCGCUUUUGGCCCGGAGCGCUCCCGCCAGCGCUUCCGAGGGUUCAGCUACCCCGAGGCCGAGGGACCCCGCGAGGCGCUGUGCCGGCUCCGGGAGCUCUGCCGACGGUGGCUGCGGCCCGAGACGCACAGCAAGGAGCAGAUCCUGGAGCUGCUGGUGCUGGAGCAGUUCCUGACCAUCCUCCCCGGGGAGCUGCAGUGCUGGGUGCGGGAGCAGCACCCCGAGAGCGGGGAGGAGGCGGUGCUGCUGCUGGAGCAUCUGGAGAAUCAGCUGGGCCCGCCCAGACCGCAGGUUCCAGGGGGUGACCGGGGACAAGAACUCCUCUGUUACAAGAUGGCCGUGUGGACGCCAGCUCAGAGGUCACGAAGUACUCAGUUUCAGCCAGGAAAGCCUCUGCUCAAGCAUGAAUCUCUGGGACCCCAGGCCUUGCCAGACCAAGUUCUCCAGGUUCCUGGACUUGCCCCCGGAGGGCACUGCAGAAGAGAAGCAGUAGGGGCCACCAGGCUCACGCCAGAGCCCCAGGGGGUGCUGAAAAUGGAAGAUGUGUCCCUGCCUCUCGCCCCUGGAUGGACACAGCUGGACUCGCCCCACGUGAACUUUUGCCGAGAUGCAAGGCAGGACUGCGGCAGCCUGGUCUCCCCCGGUGGGGACGUGUGCACUAAGCUGAGGGGCUCACCUGGGGACGAGGGCCCUCCGGAGAAGGAGGCCAGGCAGAGCCCAUGCCCCCCAGGGGGAGCCACGGGCCAGAUGUCUCCCUGCGCAGAAGUUGGUGAAAAAGAGGGCGGGUUCCACAGAAAGCAGAAACGGGCCCUUGGGAGCAGGCGGCACAUUUGCCACGAGUGUGGCAAGAGCUUUGCUCAGAGCUCAGGGCUGACUAAGCACAGGCGGAUCCACACCGGGGAGAAGCCCUACGAGUGCGAGGACUGCGGGAAGACCUUCAUUGGGAGUUCGGCCCUGGUCAUCCAUCAGCGCGUCCACACGGGAGAGAAGCCCUAUGAGUGCGAGGAAUGUGGCAAAGUCUUCAGUCAUAGUUCAAACCUCAUCAAACACCAGCGGACGCACACUGGGGAGAAGCCCUACGAGUGUGAGGACUGCGGCAAGACCUUCAGCCAGAGCUGCAGCCUCCUGGAACAUCACAAAAUCCAUACCGGGGAGAAGCCAUACCGGUGCGCCGUGUGCGGCAAGGCCUUCCGGAGGAAUUCCCACCUCCUGCGGCACCAGCGGAUCCAUGGCGCUAAGCACACGCCGCACCCCCAAGCCGGAGACGCCUGGGAGGGCGAGAGCAGGGUGCAGAGCCAAUGGGAAGACAUUGGGGCCCCGGCGUCUCAUCAGUGUAACACAUGCGGGAGGAGUUUCACGCAGAAUAGAAGCCUCCUUGAGCAUCAGAAGAUCCACACCGGGGAGAAGCCCCAUCAGUGUGAUGUGUGCGGCAGAGGCUUCACCCGGACGUCAUACCUGCUGCAACACCAGAGGAGCCACGUGGGGAAAAGAAUCCCGCCCCAGUGACCUGCCCCUCCCAGAUCGUCCUCUGAGGGGCUCUUAAGGUGAGGCCUCCUCUUGGGUAUCUGGCGCCUCUCACCAGCUCCAGCUUCUCAGGCUCUGGGAGAACAGACCCUCCCUCCAUAGCCCUGGGAACCCUUCCUGCUGUGGACCCGGCCUGGGGCUUAAUUAGCCUCAACAGCCUCAGCUGUUUGUCAGAAAACAAGAGUUUGGCUGAGAUGAAUUAUCUUCUGCAUUCUAGAAGGUGAUCGGUAAGACCUGGCUUGCCAGGAGGCUGUGAGAGAACUGUCUGGAAGAGGUCGAACCUGGCAUGGUUGAUUCUUACCUGUUGGACUUGGAGGUGCUCCAGGCUGGCCAAUGCCCUCAGCCGGCACUUUCUGCCCGCUGGGUGGGUGCUCCCCUGUGGGGCUGCUGCUCUGGGCACACAUGUUGCCCAACAGAAUCCUGCUCCAGUUGAUGGGUCAAUGGACCAUGUCCCCCCCACCCCCCAUUGUGCCUUGCGUACAGGUGCUAUUAUCAUUUAUUAAAUAUGCCAGUGAAAUGACACUCAGCAUUCUGAAAUCCAGUGUUGUCUAGAUUUCUAAGGAAUUUCUCACUAAGGUCACUUGUGUUUGGGUUCCAAUUCUUGAAGGUUCUAGAUUCCAGGUUGCCAUGCAACCAUCCCAGGCUGGGUAGGUUCACUGUUGAUUCAGGCAAAUGGAAAAAGAAUCUUGGAGCCUAGGUAUAUCUGACAUGCCUUUAUCGCUGAAACGGGAUGGGAUACACAUGCAAAUCAGGGUGUCCAUUUUUACAGGUGCAGGCGCACCGUGUUCUCUGGCUUCUUGGCAUGGGUAUAAUUAUAGGUGUGUGUGCCUGCUGCUUAUGGUCCCAAGUGCUUUCUUACAAUAACACAAUAUGACUUGUGGGUAAUGAAACCUAGAAAGAAACAAAGCUGCAGGUGGUGGUGCAGAGACUGGCGGUGAGAGGUAAAUAAGAGCCUGAGUUAAUCCCUGUUUCUUACACAGUUCAAUCUAGUGUAUUUAUUGCCAAGUAUAUAUGGUUGUUAGAUGGGGGAAGAAUCCGUCUGCACAGUAUGGUGCUUCCAGUAAGAAUGCCUUAAACUACUAUGUCAUUAAGACAUUGUGAGACAGCUCUACCCACAGAACCCCACUCUACUCAGUUAUUUCACAUUUUCUAUUCUUUAGAGAGUAACCUUUCAUGUUCAGGUAAGUAGAAAUCAAUCAAGGCACAGAGCAAGUCUAUAAAUUUUGAUAUAAAUUCUGUGAUGUCCACCAGCUCGUUGCUCACCCUCUCCUGAUCUUGGCCUAACCUAGUGCCAGGGCACCUUCCUCCCAACUUAGAGCCAAUAUUGCACUCAGGCUUUGCCAACUAAGUUUAACUUCUUCACAUCAGAGGUGUCACAUCAAAUAUUGAUAACAGGUGUCAUCCAUGUUUUUGAAACUGCUCUUUGGUUUGGGGACAGGGAGACAGGGUCAGAGGCAGCCAAUGAGAGAGGUGCUCAAAUACGGGCAGGAGAAAAUGUGUGUUCAGUAGCACACUGAGAAUCCUGAGUAUCUGACAGAAACAGUUCUACAAUAUCCAGAUGGUCAACAGGUGCAGUCAAGACUAUGUUGUGAGAAUCACAACAAUUUUGUGAUUUCUUCUCUUUUCACCCAAAUCACCUUCUACUGAGCUCUUCAAAGAUUGGUAACUUUUUCCUAGGUGUCUGCCUGUCACCAGCUUCCAGCUUCUCAGGCUCUGCAAGAACAGUCCGUGCUUCUGAGGAAAUCCCUGACCUUGUUCUUUCUGUCCUCAUGUCCCUUUUCUGGGUUUCUUCCCGGAAGAACCAGGGCUGGUUGGGGAAACCACAGGCCUCUCCCUUUGUCACUUCCCCACCAGCUUCCAUGACCUUCAAUAUUGCCCCACUGCAAUCUAAUUUAAAAUUCUUUAGCUUUCCAAAUUUCUAUCAACUUUCUCCAGUUAAUACUUUCAGCCCUUAUUAUCUCCUUUUAAAUUGAUCUACAUUAAUCUAAAUCCACAAAGCUAGCCAUUUUUUUCUUUCAUUUUUAAUCUUUCCUGAAAAUCUGUUAUUAAUAGCC